AUAAGUGGUACGUACACAUGAAUAGUCUGGCUAUAGGGUUUUACCACUGAUGGUGUCUGCACCCGUUCGACCAUUCCUGGGAUGGGACUCUUCGACGACCUAACCGGGCAGGCGAUUUCCAUCUUGACCUUUGACGUAAGUGACGACACGUUUGUUCAACAGACUAACCGGAAGUUGUGUUUGGCAUUCUUGAUUACACUUUCAGUCCUUGUAUGUGGAAGACAAUAUGUCGGCGAGCCUAUCACCUGCUUCUGUCCGGCACAAUUCGAGAAAUUCCAUGUGGCAUAUACAAACAGUUUCUGUUGGAUAAAUAACAAUUACGCCGUUCCUUUCAAUGAAAUACUUCCGGUUUCCGAUGAAUCCCGAGAGGACCACGAGAUCUCGUAUUAUCAAUGGGUCCCACUUAUUCUUGUGUUUUUAGCAGCAAUGUUUUACAUGCCGAGAUUGUUUUGGAAGGGAAUGUGUGGACAUACAGGUAUCAAUAUAAAGAAAAUUCUACUCAUGUCAAACGACGCCGCUUACAUGACCCCUAAAAGGCGUGAUGAACACAUUGAAGUGGUGACAUUAUACAUUGAUAAAUGGAUAGACAUCCGGGAUGGAAAGCCAUCAGCCAAUCGUCGAUUCAAACGGAUCAAGGAAACGCUCCAUGUUCGUGGAAUCAACUCAGGAAACUACCUGUCGUUUAUCUACAUAAUUACAUGUCUGUUUUACUUCCUGAAUACUGUCUUGCAGAUAUUUCUGAUAAACGCCUUCCUUGGCAAUGACUUUAUGAGCCUUGGGCCUGACUUUGUCCGCGGAAUUACUGCCAAUCGAAAAUGGGAGGAUUUGAGAAGAUUUCCCAGGGUUGCAUUCUGUGACAUGAACAUUCGACAACUUCAAAAUGUCCAACGAUGGACUAUUCAAUGUUCUCUCCCGGUCAACUUAUUCAAUGAGAAAGUCUUUAUUCUACUAUGGUUCCUACUCAUCACCAUGUCAGUUGUAAAUGGUGUAUAUUUUGUGUAUAAUAUCAUCAUGACGUUUCUUCCGAAGAGGAAGAAUAUGUACAUUCGGAAGUUUCUGGAUUAUACCAGAUUUCCCGCAGAAAUCCGAAACAGUGCAAAACUACUUGAUGUGGAAAAGAGUUUUGUUGAGUCAUAUUUAAAACAUGAUGGCGUGUUUAUUUUAUGGUUAGUAAGUCAUAACACAAGUCAGGUCAUAGGGUCCCAGCUGGUGGAGAGACUCUGGAUAAAUUAUUGUAAAAAACCGUACGUACAGAAAUUCAUGGCCAUAUGUGACAUAGAGGCGUAGUCAAACAAGAGUUACCCUUUCUUGUGUUCCGGAAAUAAAGGAGUUAUCCUUCUUGCUUUAUUAAAAACCACUACAUUAAUUUAUAAUGCGGUCUAUUAGACCUUCACAUCGUCUUGGUACAUAUACUGUUUCCGAGAUGUGUCGUUGGUAAUCUAUGAUGUAAGAGGAUAUUUAGAAACGAGACGAGGUCGUCUUGUAUUUUUUUUCUUAUUUGAUUAACAAACGUAAAGAUAUCCGCAAGACAUCAAGUUUUCAAAUGAAACUUAGUCAGAGCGGAGUUGUCGCCCCUUACACAGUACAUUUUACACCCAGGCUAGUACAUUAUACACUCGUGGUUGGUUAUAAAUAGACACGUACAGUAUUUAUAACAUCUACCAUUUAUAUAUUACAUAUUUCUUUUGACGUUUAUUUGUUUCAAUAUUCUAAUAAAUGGGAAUCUUUUCUAAUUAUCAUUUCUCUUAUAGUUUUCAUUGCUUUUAGUAAAAUACCAAGUUUAUUGUGUAUAUUGCUCCAUUUGGCAAGAAAAGAAAAAACCAAACAAGAAUACAUGUAUAUUUGUGAAAACGUUUGUUGAUUGAUAAUGAUAUGUUCACGUGCAAAUAGCAAUGAAACAAAAGCAAUUAGUUUGUAAAUUCUGAAAAGGUGAUGGGUUUUUUAUUUUCUGCUGAAUAUCAUUCAUAUUUCACGUUUUGAGUACGGCAGAUUACCGAUAUUUUUUUAGAGUGCGAAGCACGAAAUGAAACCGUCGGUCGUAGGGCCAUUUGUUAAUGAACGUUACUAGUUCCGAGCUGUGGUCAGUUGUCCGGACCUGAAACCAAGGAUGAGCAAAUUAGAAUUGAGGAAAACCAGACCAUAUGUCAUAUUUAGAAAUUAUAUUUUGUAUAUUAGAGUUAAGUUAGUUAUUAAGUCAGAAUAACCUAAAACUUAUUUCCACACCAUUUCUUAAGUUAAGAACAUCACGGAAUACGCAAGGAUCGUGGCAGUUGUCUAAUAAACACACAUGCAAAAUAAACGUGAAAAUGUACCUAAUUAUACGCGAAUGUAGCACAAUUCAAGCAUGAUUUGUUAAACUAAUUUAAAGACUACUUUUAAGAGCGAAGUGUAUUG